AUGUUGACAGUCUCUGCAUCUCGUCCUGUCGCCGACUCAUUUUCCGUAAUUGAUCAGGCGACGGCGUUUAGUGCACGAAUCCGGGUCAUCCGUAGCCAUGUGAGUGACUUUCGCGACGCGGCACAUUGGCGAUGGACGACAACGAUGGCGACGACAAUCUUCGAGCGUGGAAUUUGGGCCACGGCGCUAAUCGUCGACGGCAAUGGGUGUGCCGGUGUGUGCAUGACGCAGCGUGCAGAUACGAACUCUCUUCGUCCUCUUCCUGUCGUCCUCUACGUCAGCCUGUCAGGGGGAAGCCGAGGGCUGACCGCGACCGGGUUACAGGGUGCAAUUGCGGUGGUCGUCGGCGCAUGUGCGCCCAUCAUCGCUGGACAAAAAAUGCGGCAAAAAACUACGCGACGCAAUAAGACGCGACAGACAAGACAGGACACGAUGACGGUACGACGCGACCCGACCGGAAGAAUACUGUACGUGGCAUGGCAUGGUAGGAAACCUGCCCUGACGCCGAUGACCGGACCGGCUCGGCUGAUCAGCUGCUAA